CUCGUUUGAUGUGCUUGUAUUAUUUGUGUUUCAAAGCUGCAAGGCAUUUGAUGUGGUGUGAGUUGCGGCACAAGAACGAAAGCAAAUUAUUGUUUUAGUUUAUAAUUAAUACAAGUUUACACAUCAAUCACCCAUCAUCAUUCGACUGUACAUCAUAAUCAAUUAAAAGUUUACACUCAAUCCAAAAGGAUGGCAGAAUAUUUGGCAUCGAUUUUCGGUACCGAAAAAGACAAGGUUAAUUGUUCGUUCUAUUUCAAAAUUGGUGCAUGUCGACACGGUGACCGUUGUUCCCGUAUACACAAUAAACCAACAUUUUCGCAAACCGUUUUACUACAGAAUUUAUAUGUUAAUCCACAAAAUUCAGCCAAAUCGGCCGAUGGCAGCCACUUGGUUGCAAAUGUUAGUGACGAAGAAAUGCAAGAGCACUAUGAUAACUUUUUCGAAGACGUAUUCGUUGAAUGCGAAGAUAAAUAUGGAGAAAUUGAAGAAAUGAAUGUAUGUGACAAUUUGGGUGACCAUCUCGUUGGAAAUGUUUAUAUUAAGUUUCGUCGCGAAGAAGACGCAGAACGUGCUGCAAGAGAUCUAAACAAUCGUUGGUUUGGUGGCCGUCCGGUUUAUGCAGAAUUAUCACCAGUUACUGAUUUUCGUGAAGCAUGUUGCCGUCAAUACGAAAUGGGCGAAUGUACACGGUCUGGUUUCUGUAAUUUCAUGCAUUUGAAGCCGAUUUCCAGGGAUUUGAGAAGAUAUCUCUAUUCUCGGCGCAGUUCACGUCGUUCCCGAAGUCGCUCACGAUCACCAAAAGAACGUAAACGCUCACGAGAACGUCGUCGCUCUAGAAGCCGUGAUCGAAAAGGUCGCUACUAACAUGGAAUUGAUCUAUCAAACUAAAACAAAAUCACUGACAUAUACAGUAUGCACUACUAUAUGUGCUUUAUUUUUUUUGUUUGCUCCAAAUUUCGAUCUUGGACUUUGAUUUGACUUUGAUUUUAAACAUAAAAGAAUAAAGAAUAAGAUAUGGAUUAAUAA